CAUACAUUAGAACCUAAAUCGGGAUUCAUCUCUUCAUUAUGUCCGAUCCUUGCGUCCUCCGCGAUAUAGCUGUGGUGACCGCAUACUUGCGUCAUAGGUUCUGGGAGACAAUAUAGGAGGGUUGGAGAUGUUUUUCUUUUCUUUCAUGAACUAUGACUACGGAAAACACAAACACCAGCACUAGUCCUACGAAGAAUGAAAGUGGGGGUGGAGGGGGUUUUGGGAGUAAGCUCAAAGGAGCCGCUCAAGUCAUCCACGGAUUCGGUGACAAUAUUCGAGGCUCAGCACUCGGAGCUGCCGAUCGUGCUACGAGCUCUACAGCUGGCGUGCAGAAGAACGUUGACCUUGCUACAAAGGGCCGUGCUGAGAUUGCCGAGGGUAUGGCAAUGAUGAAAGGUCAUGCGCCCGCGGCUCAAGGUGCCCCUACCGAAACGACACCGGCUGGAACGGCACCCUCUGGAACGGCACCUGCUGGUCAAGGAACGACUGCGGAAGCUGGGACUGGAGCAGGUAAUGGCGCUACAACUGGGACUGGCGCAGGUACUGGUGCCGUAACUGGUGCCGCAGGUGGCGCCGCAGUUGGCGGUGCUGCUGCAGGGGUGACGGAUCAAGAUCGACAACAGGGAACGGGUGACGAGAAAUCAAGUGCAGUUGGGGGAAGGACUGGACCUGAGUCAACAGGUUAGUGUUCCACUUUACUUCCACGGUUGACAGGACAAUUAUUUUUAAUCAAGGUUCGGGUGCUGCUCAGACUGGUCGUGAGGCUGCUGUAGGCGCAGGGGCAGGGCAGGGCCAAGCUGGGACUGGAGCAGGUACUGGCGCCUCAACUGGGACUGGCGCAGGUACUGGGGCCGCAACUGGGGGUGCUGCUGCAGGGGUGACGGAUCAAGGUCGGCAACAGGGAGCGGGUGAUGAAAAAUCAAGUGCAG